CUGAACAGGGACUUCCUCUCCUCACUGACAUGUGAAAAUCCCCUUUAUGUAAACAGUCAACUAAAACACUUUAAAAAUCAUUGUUUACAAAUAAACAAAAAAGAGUUUUUUUUUUUAGAUAGAAAAGAGGGAAAAACAAAGUUCCAAAAGAUAAAUACAGAAAUAAAUUAUCACAGAAGACAAAUUCAGACAAACUGUGCUGGACUGAUUUCAGCCAUUAAGCGUGAGGCUUAAAAAAAAAAAUAAAACAGUUAAAACAUUUUACGUUUCAGUCACACUAAACAAGUCGAUCCUGUUGACAUGAUGUGCGUUAUUAAACCAUCUAAACACUAUUUUGGCGCUCAUGAGAAAAUGCGGUUUUGUUGAAUCUGUUUAGUUGUGCCAAUAAUCAAAUAUUGUGCCCACGUUGUGUUAUGAAUACCCUAAAAUCAAUCAUUUUGUUUGCAAAGUUGCAUGCUAUUUAUUACGCUUACAAGUGGAAGAGUUUGCUUGUAUCCAGGUUAUAUGAUGUAACAUCUGCAUUCAUUUAUUAUGAUUCCAAAAGUGUUCUGUUUGUUAUGGGACUCCACGUGCAACAGGUAGUUAGACCCAGGAACACUAAUGGUUCUUCUAUGGAGUCCAUUGCCUCACUUUUGUUGCACACCCUCUGGGUCGAGGCCAGGGGGGGGACUGGGACUAAAAUUCAGCCCUGGCAUUUUCUGUCGAGAACAGCCCACUACAAUAUCAGCGAAAACUACGUUGAAGUUUACAAAUCUCGCAACAUCUCGUGAAUACGACAGAGUCAUGUUCCUUGAUAGCGGUUAACAAACAAAGCAUGUAACUGAACUCACGGACUAAAGCUGACGAGUGCAUCAAUCAAUCAGUCUUAAUUCAUUAGUGUCAAAUCGCAACAGAAGUCAUGUCAUGACUAGGAGUGGGACAAGACUGACAGGUAGAACCCUCCUCAUAACCUUUCAGUGUAUUCUAUGUCUGAGAAAAUCUUUUGGCGAAAUGAAUUCGAUUUCAUGAAACAUAGAAAAAUUAUAAACUCACCUUAUUAGAGGAGACUAAACAGCCAAACUUUAGUGCAGUGAAGGCAGAAAAUGGAGGCAGAGUGAGAGGAACCUCUCAAUCGUGGACAGAGGAGGAACAACUCCUCAAGCUCUUAAAUGUCAAGUGGUAAACUUGAGAGGGACAUGGAUGCAUUAAGUCUCAGAUCAUCACAAAUUAAGUAUGAGUUCAUAAACACGGGAAAAUUACAAACUCACCUUAUUAGAGGAGACUAAACAGCCAAACUUUUGAGCAGUGAAGGCAGAAAAUGGAGGCAGAUUUCUAGUCCAGCCACGAGAUGCAACCACGAUCUGCAGGUUAGAUGUUCCACGUCUGAGGUGUUGUAGUGUCUGAAAUCACUUGCAAGCCUUGCAGAGAGGCUUUGACCUUGAGGUCACGAUGCACACUCCACACGCAUCGGAACAGAGUUAAAGUCCAGCCCCCAAGUUUGAUUGCAAGUUUCUUGGCUGCAGCUUGUAGCACGGGAUGGCCAAUAUCAUCCGGCUAGCCGCUAAAAGGGGUGUUUUUGUUUAUAAAUGGGAACGCCCACUCCACAACGGGAACAUCGUAUUUGCUCCUGAAAUGUUCACUUCACCUCUGAUGUUUCAAAAUAAGACAUUUUCUCUGCUCAGCUAUCUGUUCUCCAUAAUUUUUUAUUCAGUUUUUGAUCGUCUGUGCUCACUCUGCCCUUUCGUUUUGUGUAGGGUGACCCUAAUUCAACACAAGGAUCAUAAACACUGAACAACAGAAAUACAAAAGAUGGAUAAAGGAAGCUAUAGAGAUAAGGAGACGUGGAUGCGGGACUAUGAACAGGGACAAUGGGGUUUACACAUUGGAUCGCGCAUGGGACUGCAUCAUCGGAGAGGGGAGAGCGGGCAGCAAAGGGCGACAACGUCCUCUGCUGCCCGCGGAUAAACGGAGUAGGAAGUGACGCCACCAUCAGCGUCAGCUUGUCAGGCUGAUCAGACUGGAUGAAGGAGACGAACAAGAUGUGGACAAUGCGGUACCUGAACCACCAUUGACUCCUGACAGUUACAUCUCACCACCUCAAUUCAGAGUCCAUCGUCCUCCUUUAGCGCAGAAGCCAGUAAAGCCCCAUCAUGCCUCUGUUUCGAGCUUUGGGUGAACAAGCUGGGGUCAAAGUUCAGCCCCGGCGGAGGAAGGGGUUUGGUAGGAGGGCACAGGAUGAUUCCUCUGUCUUUUCGCUGAAGUACUUGUGUCUGUCAAACGUGGCUGACAACAUGAAGGAUGUGUGGGUGAAAGACUACGCUGACAACUACCUCGACCAGUAUACAUUCAGAUACAUUAUGGGGCCUUUCAACAUACUGCCAGGCGAUCUCAUAGAGGAGCUGAUGUUGUUGCUGUGCAGCAGGAAGCAGCUGUCUCGAGCAGCUCUUCACCUCCUGCUGGUGCCCCAGCUCCGAGGCCUGACUCUGGAGAAGUGCUCAGCGCUGGUGACCCCGGGACUCUGUGCUCACAUUGCUGCACGUUGCCAGGGGUUGUUCAUUCUGGACCUUUCUGGAGCCAAGCAGAUCCCCUCAAAAGUUCUGUGUGAAACCAUCCACAGACUACCUGCUCUUCGCUCACUCUCCCUGGCUGGCGUGCCAUGUGACAGGAGCGUAAUCCAGACAAUUGCCUGCUGCUGUCGUUCGCUGAAACAUCUUGACGUAUCGCGGUGUCAUUUGCUUUUCCCAGCUGCACUGCUUCCUCUUGGAGGUGUCUAUCCAGCCUCUUCCUCGUCAUCUUCGUCAUUGUCUUCUGUGUCCUCCUCUGCCCUCCCCUCCAUUACUCCAGCCCCAUGUCCUCUCCCUCUCAGCAGCCUGUUGGCUCUGGAUAUAGGGUUUACAGAACAGGGGGAAGACUCUACAGUAGCAGCAGCCUAUCUGCUCCUGUCCUUGCCUUACCUGGAGAGAGCUGCCCUGGAGGGCCUCUCACAAGCCUGCUGUCUCCUUGAGCAAGAAGAGUUCAGCCGUGCAGACGGGUUCGCUGAGAGGGAGGGAGUUCCCAGGCUGGAAGAAGUGUGGAGAGAGAGGAUUCAGUGGCAAGGCAAGACAUCUGAAGAUGUAGCAUCGGGUGAAAGAGGAGAUGAAAGGGAAGAAGAAGAGGGGAUGUACUUGGAGGAAGAUGAGAAUGAUACUGCUAGAGAUGAAAAGUUUAGUUUUCAGAACCAAACCGAGGGAAAAAGUGCGUUUUUGUCUCAUUCAGGUCUGGUUUUUCAGCUGAAGGAUGUUAGAGGCGUCACUUCUGAUUCCCUUCAGAGUUUAGGCCGUUUAUGUCCAGGGAUUAGGUCCAUAACUAUGAACAUUGAUGGAAAUGAACAUAGCAGUGGGAGAGGACGGCGACAGUGUCUGCUGGACCUCCAGACGUGGUCAGGACAGCUGCAAACGCUUUCAUUUCACUGCAACGGCCCUCUAGCGGAUUUCCUCCUCCCUUUGCAAGUGGCAGGGUCCUGGCUGAUUUCUCUCAGUCUGGAUGGGGUGAAAACCAGUCCUCACUCUCCUCUACUGGAGGUCAUCAGGGCCUGCCCCAGACUCCGAGACCUGCUGAUCUCCGCUGAGCCUCCCAGUUUACCACAGGAGCAAGAUGAGAACGAUCAGCUGGAUAAUGUGGCACUCCCACAGCUUCCUCACCUUUGCUCUCUCAGCCUCAGCUUCUCCUAUGAGCACAGUCAAAUGAAGCCUGUCAUGUCCUGGAUGUCCCUGAAGAAGGUGCUCAGGUGUCUCCUGAUUGGUUCUCCUUUACUGGAGAAGCUCUCCCUGGUCUCGUUGCCAUGCCCGCUGGACUGUGUUUUACAGGACACGUUGCAAAGCGUGAACUUGAAUUCCCCAGAUGUACCCCUUGGACGGCUGGAGCGGGUUGAUCUGAAGCGAACAGAUGUGCAGAUGAUAACAGUGAAAAGCCUAAUUCAGCUGAACAAAAGGCUGAAGCAUGUGGAUGUAAGUUACUGCUGGCAGAUCAGUCAGCUCCAGUGGUCGCAGAUCAAGAGGGCCAGAAAAGUGGAAGUUGUCUGGGUGUGAAGAAGACGGGGCAAGUUUUUAAGUCAUUAAGCACUUGAAGGACGGCGAACAGUGGCUUGGAUUUUAUGAAAAAACACUUUAUGCACUGCCAGUUUUAUAACCAUAACAAUCCUUAUUUCUACAACUCUUUUGCUUAUGUUUAUGUCACACAUUGGUUUACAUUCACAGUGGUGUGUGUGUGUGUGUGUUUGUGUGUGUGCUUCAUCAGAUUUUUUGUCUUUUAAAAAGUUAAUCCAAAUAACAUCAAGACUUGUAUAUCUUUAGUGGUAUUUUAGUAAUUUGCAACAAAGUUUCUACAAAUAUUUCUUGCCUGUUUGUUUUUCUGCUUAAACAUUUUUGAAGACCUGUUUGUAUGCCUACAGCACACUGGGCUAAAAAAUAAAUAUCACUCAAGCUUAUGCCAUUAGCCUCAUUAGUGUUGGUGCUUUUUAGUCUUCAUCCAUAAUGUUACUAUCAGUUAGAAUUAGAAUGAGUAAUAUCAAGUAAUGGUGUUAAAUAGUUUGGUUUUAUUGUACAACUACACUUCGGUGUCAGACUAAAAAGCACCAAAAUAAUUCAAAUAGUUUUUAUUGCUUGUAGAAAAAGUUCUGAUAGUUGAACCGAAACACUAAAAAGAAACUGACAAAAUAAAUUCUGCAUCACUACGUAAAAAUUUCAUCAGAAGUUAUGAAAUUGGCAGCGCAAUCAAUUGGAUGCAUUUUCUUAGCAGUGCCUUCUAGAAAAGAGACACUAGGUGGCAGUAAUGAGUCUUAAUUCCUGUUACAACACAGCAUUAAGUGCAAAAGAAAGGAUCAGUUUUGGUGUUGGUUUGUGUUGCUAACUGGACUGCCCGGUUUUGUACGUCAACCAGGAACGAGACAGUAAACGCACAUUUUGAGAGUAACAUGGGUAAAAUAUUUUGGAAGUAAUAGAAUAUUCGGAGGAGUUUUAUACGAAUGGAACUUAAAAUAAUAAUUUACUGAGGUAGAACUUAAAAAGCUUAUGCCACCUUUUGUCUAACAACACAUACGUGUCUAAUAUAAAUAGUUGUGGCAUCGCUGAUAGGUAAACGUUAUGGUUUUAAUAGUGGUUAACAUUAUUUGUCAAAUAAAGAAAAUCUGUUAUUUCCGUUUCA